UCCCGUCUGCCCCAGUCCCGAGGUGGCUGCUCUCGGCUGCAGGUAUUCCAGGUGCUGCAACAAUAUUUGCACUGUAUGGCUCCAGCUCCCAACCAAUGACUGCUGGACACUGCGAGCCUGAUCUGUCUUGUGCAGGAAAAGGUGGACAAAGGAUGAAUCACUUCAUGCUUCUGGCAGUACUGCUCCCCCUACAGACUUGCUAUGCUACAUACUCACAGCAAGAAUCUGAUGUGUUUCCAGUAACUUACUUUAACGUUUCCAAGGAUUUGGCUCUCCAGCGGCUGCUAGUGGAAUGGGAUGUUGUCAAGUCAGCACAUGACGCUAAGCUGGCAAUGUCUUUUGAAAUACAAGUCAAUCGAACAGAUGAAACUACUUCUACUACUGUGUUGACAGAGUAUCAUAAUGUCACACUUGAUAAAUUAGGAAAGCCUCUUCAUUGGAUAUGGUAUUCAGACAUACCUUUGGAGUGUAUGUCUCAUGCAGUGAGAAUCAGGACCAAAGCAGAAACAUCAAAAAUCUGGAGUGAGUGGAGUCUGUGGGAGACUGUCUUGGGCCUGGACACUUCAAAUAGCAGUGAACCACAAAUCUUUCCAAGUAAAAUAAUUCUAGAGGAAGGCUCUGAUACCACUUUUUGUUGCAUUGGAAGGAAAGGUCAAAUCAUUAAAGAAUUCUCUGUGCUCCCAGCUGUUCGUGUUUUCAAUCGCACAAGCAGUCGACUCGGACUUCUCACUAUGGAAAAUGUGAGACAUCGCGAAACGCCUCACAUCCAUGUCUGCUGUUCUUACAGUCAAGAUCGCUGCCCAGCUCAUGCAGCUUUCCUUGUGGGUAGAGCACCUGAUACACCUAAAGAUGUUUCCUGCGAAACACAAGAUAUGAGAAUAAUAACAUGUACUUGGAGCAAAGGAGGAAGCACCUAUCUUUAUGGAAAGUAUUCAUCAAAGUACACCUUGUUUGCAAAAUCUUCCCAGAAAAUGGUUCAGUGCACACAAAGUUGUUCCAAGACGUGUGCAUGUUCUUGGGAGAUAGGCCAGCAGAGGAUCUGGAAUGUCACAGUGACUGUGGAAAAUCCACUGGGAAAGAAAACUGCCAUGGAUGUUUUUAAUGUAAAUCACAGAAUUUAUCCCACUGCACCUUUCCAGGUGUGGCAAAAAUGCACAGAUACAGAAAUCACAUUAUGUUGGAAUUAUCAAAGCAAUGGAAUUGAGCUCUUUUGUCAGACUGAAGUGCUCCACCCGGAUGGGAAAGCUGACCUGCACAAUAGUUCAGACAUGCAUUCCCCUCACAGGAGCAUCACUGUGGGUGGACUGCAGCCCUACACGGAAUACACAGUGAAGGUUCGCUGCGGGGCAGCAAAGCAUUUUUGGCGGUGGAGUGAGUGGAGUGAAGCCCGGACUAUCAGAACAAAGGAAGCAACUCCGUCAGGGAAACUGGACAUGUGGAGAGAAAUUUCACCAGUUCUAGGGGGAAGGAAUGUGACCUUGUUCUGGAAGCAAACACCAGGUUUUCGAGCAAAUGGAAGAAAUAUUUCAUAUGAAGUAACUUGGGAAAAAAUAGAAGAUGGCUCCAGGCCUGAAAGCAUCUCCUUGUCAUCAGUCUACAAUAGCACCAUGAUUUUCAUUGAUAACCAUUCCUAUAAAAUCAGCAUCAUGGCAAUGAAUGAUGUUAAUUUUUCACUUCCUUCAGUACUGGUCAUCUCUAGAGCUACAGAUAACAGUACUGAAGAGCUUAAGGAAGAACAGGUUAAUGGUACAGAUGAUGGCAUUUUUAUUUCCUGGAAGCCCAGAUAUAUAUAUGACAGUUACAUUAUCGAGUGGUGUAACUUUCCAAAGUUGCGGCCUUGUGAUUUGCAGUGGAAGAGAUUUGGGCCCAACACUUCCAGUGCUGUGAUUAACUCAGCUGCCUUUGUUCCGGGGGUGAGAUACAACUUCCACAUCUAUGGAUCUGUCGCUAAUAGAGCCUCCUUACUGGAAAAGAAGACUGGUUAUCUCAAGGAACUACGUCCUCUUCCUGACCUUGUUGUGGACAAAGUUGAACUGACUUUCAAUGCAGUAACACUGUCUUGGGAUUCUUACGUCACAAAUGAGUCACAACCUGGUUUUGUGAGAGGCUACCAUGUCUAUGUGUCACCUAUACAAGAGAAUUGCAGUUUAAAAGGAUCAAAAAAGCACAUUCUUCCAGAUAAUUCAGAGCUAUGUAAAUACACAAUUGAAAAUCCAGAAGAAAAGAGAUACACUGUGGAACACCUGAUGUCAAACACAAAAUACAAACUUGGGGUUACAGCAUAUACAGGUGGAGGAGAGACUCCCAUUGAUAACUUUAUAUACAUAGACACACCAUAUAACUAUAACAUGCUAUACUUCCUAUUCCUGCUCGUGAUAGUUCCGACCUUAGUAGCAGCUAUAUGCCACUGGAAGAAGAAGUGGGUGAAGGAGUGCUGCUGUCCUGCAAUACCUAGUCCUAACAAGAGCAAAGUGCUGUCAUUCAAAGAGUUUAAGAUUGGUUCUGAGAAAGUGCUAAAAAUAAAUGACUGCAUUCCUGACAUGCUGGCUAUGGACAAUAAGGCUGAAGCCCAGAAAUUACAUCCAUGGAGCAAGUUGUCUUCAAUACCAACAGAAGACGAGACUGAUGGUCACAAUUCGUCCUGGAUUUACCCUAAGGAAAAUGCAGAGAGAGACCUUCCACCCACACCUAUCUCUCAAACUCAUAAUUGGUUUGAAAAUUUUGCUUAUUUUUCUCAUCUUGAUGUUGAAUCUCAUCCCUAUCAAACACCGGAGACACUGGAAGCGAACGAGACAGAGCUGCUAGUAGGGCAAUACCAACCACACUGCUAUAUUGAUAUUUUUAAUGAGGACACAGCCUCAGCAACCAGAGAAACAGCUGGCAGAAAGAAUGGUUUGAGAUAUAUCUCACAGAGAGAUGUGCACUGCCUGGGGAGAAGGCUUUGAUGUACUCUCCUCCAUUCAGUCCAGCCAGUGUUUGAUUACACAAUAUAGAUGAGAACUUCUUUUGAUUAGGGCUCUCACAAACUCAACUGCCCUACUUUGACUAGUUUUCAGUACUGGCUUGCACACAGGAACAAUGUGUGUUAUGGUUUCUUUACAAGUUUAUGGGGAUUAUAUAAGAUUUAUAGGCUGUUUUGUGGCCUGUAUUGUGUAGAAAGCUAGAUCACAGCAGUCUGUCAUAGCCUGAUGCAGAGAACUGCUGUAUUUGACAGAGAUAAAUUUAUUCAUAGAGGGGCAAGUUAAACAAGGGGAUAGGUUGUUGUGCUCAAGGAAUUUAUUUCACUUGCAGUACGCUACUACAUGCUCUGGCCACCCCAGCCAGGGGUGCUGUGCUGCUGGGCAUGGAGCAUUACCCAGCCCAGUGAUAGUGAGGGGUGGGUUUUAUUUUCUGUCUCUUAAGUGAUGUAAGGAAUCAUCAUAGAAAGGUUACCUGCAUACAGUGUGGCACAUUACUAGAAGAUUUGAAGGAACUUUGACUUUCUCUAGGAGAGCUGCCCGGAGCACCAAAAUCCAGUAAUUGCCAUGCUUUCACUGCACCUGCGUCCUAAUGGCACUUGUUGGGUGAAAGAGCACAAAAAACAUAUUUUUAUAGUACAAGCCCCUGCUUCCAUUUCUUGUCACUGGGGCUCAUCACACUUCUGCCUUCUCUGUUUGGAAGAAUGACCCUGUAAAAUUGUCUUAACUAUACACUAAAGAAAUGUGGGGAGCUAGGUAGGAAGUUCUUUUUGCAGCAGGAAAGCUGUUUGCAGAGGUGGUACCAUGCACUGUCUCUCUGCUUUUGCACAUGAACUGAACUUCUUUAGGCAUUAACUCCUGUACUUCCAUAGCAAACCCCAAACCACCAGCCAUGUAAGGAAACAGGGUGGUCAGAUGCAUAGUUGUAUGUAUCCCAUUUGUGAAGAAUGUCAUAUUCAGGCUGCAUCAGCUAGAUCUCCCAACACUGCUUUUGCAUGUGUUAAAAAACAAAACAAAAACCAAAACCAAACCAAACCAAACAAAAAAAAAAACCCCAAAAC